AAACAAAUCAAAUCAUGGCGGCCCGCGUUAGAUGGAGUUUUCUACAGUUGAUUCGGUCACGAAAUACAUCUCAUUUUAGGUUUCCAAUUAAGAUGAGAAACCAGUUCCACACACAAUGUAUUGGCCAUAACUUCAGAAAAGUUCAAAUUCUGCCUCUGACUGGAUCCACACAGUCUGCAGUGCGACACUUGUCAAUUCAGACACAGGACACUCCAAACCCCCGGAGCUUGAAGUUCCUCCCUGGUAAGCCUGUGUUGGGGGCGGGGACCCUGGACUUCCCCUCUCCAAGCUCUGCAGAGUGCUCCUCCUUAGCCAGGAACCUGUUUGAAAUCGAAGGAGUGAAAAGUGUGUUCUAUGGCCCUGACUUCAUCACAGUGACCAAGGCAGAUGACGAUGUGGAGUGGACAGACAUCAAGCACCAUGUCAUGGAUGCCAUCACUAAGUUCUUUGACAGUGGAGACCCCAUAACCACGGGGGUGACCCACCAUGAGAGCAGUCACUCUGAAGAUGAUGAUGAAAUUGUUUCAAUGAUUAAGGAGCUUCUAGAUACACGGAUCAGGCCCACAGUGAUGGAGGAUGGCGGUGAUAUAAUAUUUAAGGGCUUUGAGAACGGCACGGUAAAGCUGAAGCUGGUUGGCUCGUGCACCGGCUGCCCCAGCUCCACUGACACCCUGAAGAAUGGCAUCCAGAACAUGCUGCAGUUCUACAUCCCGGAGGUGGAUGACGUGGAACAGGUGGAAGAUGAAGUGGAUCAUGUCAACGCAAACGUUUUCACAGAGUUGGAACGCAAGUUAGGAGACAUAUAAAACUACUGUCGCUGUUGUCUUUCAUUUACUCAAAUACUGUAUAUGCACCUGUUACAAUGAAGCAAGACCACAUACUGGCGCUUACACUACCGGUCAAAAGUUUUAGAACACCUACUCAUUCAAGGGUUUUUAUUUUUAUUUUUACUAUUUUCUACA